AUGGCUGACAAGAAUUCCAGUUCUAAUUCGAUGGGUGAAAAUGAAAACCCUAGCCCUGAUGGAAAUUCACCUUCUGAGAAUGAGAGUGAAAUUUCAAUUGAUGCACUAGCACGAAAGGUUCAAGAAUCACUCUCUAUGUCAAAGAGACACAAGUUUUGGGAAACCCAACCUGUUGGGCAGUUCAAGGACCUUGGGGACACGAGCUUGCCUGAAGGCCCGAUUGAACCCCCGACACCCCUGUCAGAAGUCAAACAAGAACCGUAUAAUCUCCCCAAUCUGUAUGAGUGGAUUACCUGUGAUAUGGACUCAGAAGAUAUGUGCAUUGAGGUUUAUAACCUCCUCUCCAAUAAUUAUGUUGAGGAUGAUGAGAACAUGUUUAGAUUUAACUAUUCCAGGGAGUUCCUCCAAUGGGCGCUUCGACCUCCAGGUUAUUACAGGAGCUGGCAUAUUGGAGUACGAGUAAAGAGUUCAAAAAAGUUAGUUGCUUUUAUUACUGGAGUUCCCGCAAGAAUCCGGGCUCGGGAUACUGUUGUCAACAUGGCAGAGAUUAAUUUUCUUUGUGUUCAUAAGAAGCUUAGAUCGAAAAGACUUGCUCCUGUCAUGAUUAAGGAGGUGACUAGGAGGGUCCACUUAGAGAAUAUCUGGCAAGCAGCUUAUACUGCCGGGGUGGUUCUUCCCACACCCAUAGCAACUUGUCAAUAUUGGCAUAGAUCUUUGAAUCCAAAGAAGCUUAUUGAUGUCGGCUUUUCUAGGCUUGGUGCAAGGAUGACAAUGAGCCGGACAAUAAAGCUGUACAAGUUACCAGAUCAAACAGCCACACCUGGGUUUAGAAAGAUGGAACCCCAUGAUGUUCCAGCAGUUACCCGUCUACUUAGGAAUUACUUGAAGCAGUUUGAUGUUGCACCUGACUUUGAUGAAAAUGAUGUAGAGCACUGGCUUCUUCCAAGGGAGAAUGUGGUGGACAGCUUCCUGGUUGAAAGCCCCGAGACUCAUGAGAUAACAGAUUUUUGCAGUUUUUACACAUUGCCCUCGACUAUCCUUGGCAACCAGAAUUACUCGACUUUGAAGGCUGCUUAUUCUUACUACAACGUGUCCACAAAAACUCCAUUGCUUCAGUUGAUGAAUGAUGCUCUCAUUGUUGCAAAACGGAAGGAUUAUGAUGUUUUCAAUGCGUUGGAUGUAAUGCAAAAUGAAUGUUUCUUGAAGGAACUGAAAUUUGGGCCUGGCGAUGGGAAACUCCACUACUACCUCUACAACUUCCGAAUAAAACAUGUCUUAAGAUCAUCAGAACUUGGGCUUGUGCUCUUGUAG